AUGUUUUAUCGUAUCAUUUGUGAUGCUGAUAAAUCCUAUUGCACAGUGGAGGAUUUUGAAGUUAUUCAUGAUAUCAAUCAACAACCAGAAGUUGACGAUCAUGUUACUUCUAAUUCAAAACAACCUGAUGAUAAAUCCAGAAGUCUUCAAUAUCAAGUUAAAACAGUGAUCCAAAAAAAUAAAAGCGAUGAAAAGGAAAAUGAAGGCGUGCCAGCCACUGAUAAUUCUAAGAAGAGUCCAAGUAAAGAAGAGCUUAAACUGAUGCUUGAACAACAGCAAAACUUACUGGAAAAAGUUCCAAGAGUCGUUGGUUACAUAGAGGUUAUGAUACCGCAGUAUUCUGAAAUAGAAUUUCAGAGCCAUUUCCGAUUAAGUCGUCGUUCUUUUGAACAAUUAAGACAACUCAUUGAACCGAUAAUUGAAAAAAAUGAUGAUAUUGAUCGCUGUAUGACUGAUAUCAGAAAACAAGUUUUAUCAGUUUUAUGGCUUUUAGCUACCCCGGAAUCUUACAGAUCAGUCGGUGACAGAUUUGAUCUAUCGAAAUCGUAACUAUUUGUGGCAUUUGAAAGAAUAAUUAAUGCAUUGAAUGUCAUUGCAUUGAACAUAAUCACGUGGCCUCAAGGAGAUGAAAUAAAUAGAAUAACAAGUGGUUUUGAAAAUAUUGCAGGGAUGCCAAAUGGUAUGGGUGCCAUUGAUGGGACUUUUAUACCAACAAAAGCUCCAUCUGAAAACCCUGAGGUAUACGUUACGAGAAAAUGCGAUACUGCAUUUACAAUGCAAGCAAUUUGUCAAAGUAACUUGAAGUUUACUGACAUUUUCAUUGGCUAUCCAGGAUCAGUACACGACGCGAGGAUUUUUAAAAAUUCUGACAUUUCCAGAAAUGUCAGUGCGAAUAAAAAUCUCUUCAUUCCCCACAACCACUACAUUAUUGGAGACAAAGCAUACCCGCCGCUUGAUUGGUGUGUUUCGCCCUUCAUUGACCGAGGUGAUUUGACACCAGCUCAAAAACGGUUUAACUUUAUCCAUUCUCAAACCCGUCAACCUGUUGAACGAAGUUUCGCGCUACUGUUUAAUCGUUUUAGAAGAUUAAACUACCUAGAUAUGUCGCACCUCGACUUGAUUCCAAAGACUGUUUUAGCGGCAUGCGUAUUACACAAUAUUUGUGUCGACGAUGACAAUAAUUUAGAAGAUGUCGAUGAAAUCGUAAAUAAUUUGAAUUUAAAUGGAGAUGAAAAUCCAAGAAGAAACAUAAUUGAUGAAGACAUUGAUAUGGACACUUCAGAUGAAGAAAUAGUUGGUGAAGAUGAAGAAGACAAUUUUAUACUACUUAACCUCAAUGGAUUACAAUUUCGUAAUCAGUUAUGUGAUUUAAUCAACAAUCAAUAA